CUUAUAUCUUAAUUAAGAAGCGUUUUAAAACAACACGUCAUGCCAAACACAAUGAAGCAUUAAUAACUAUAGUUAUAUAUUUUCUAUAGAAUAUUCAGGCACGACAUCCAGUUGAAGAAAAUUCCCAUCAAAAGUUUGCUUUAAUAAUUAAUUAGUAAGCCAAUUAUCAAGUUCAUAAAGAUGUUUUAAAGCCCUGAAUUCUUUUCUCAUAUUCUCUUUGUCUCUCUGCAUUUCUAGAGCGCGCCUAUUGUUAUUAUUCACUUAGUUUUAUGUUAAAAAUCGUAGAUUGAGUUGAUAGCUCACAUUUUUGUGAUAAAAAUGUCCCAAAUGGAAUUCGAGGAAGUGAGUUUAGUGACGGAUGAGACAGAGGAACUACUUCCGAAAAAAACAGAAGUCACAAUAAACGAAACAGCUGAGAAUGGAGGAACGACGUCUGAUCGCUAUAUUUCCGAUGUUAUAAAAGUACAAAUUAUUCCAGAAAAGAAGGGCAAUUUCCUAAAAUAUACAGCAUAUUUAAUAAGGUCAGAGAAUUAUAAAUGCAGCGUUGAGCGACGAUAUUCAGAUUUUCUUUGUCUGUAUGAGAACUUUUUAAAAGUAUAUGAGUAUCGAGUCAUUCCAAGAUUGCCGCCAAAACAGUUUUUAUCUGAUACAAAUCUCGAACCACGAAGAAUCAGUCUUGAACGAUGGCUAACAAUUAUAAGUCAACAUCCAAUUAUUUCGAAAGAUAUUAUGAUGAAACAUUUCAUGACAGAAACCACAUUCAGGCUUGCAAUCAUACCAAGUGAAUUUAAGUCAUUUACGAUCCAAAAGGAUGAAGCAAUAAAGUUUAGUGACAUUGAUGAAAUAUUCAGUAAGAAGAACAUUGUUAAGCGUGUCCUUAAUCACAUGCUGUCGAUAAAGAGAAUUAUGGAUGAACAUUACAGUCGAGAAUGCUGUCAAGCUGCAGAUUUUGUUGAAUUAAGUGACAUUCUUUAUGACUUAAUGGACACAACAAAUGACGCUAGUCUUAGUGACUUUACAGUUUGUGUGAAGGAAAUUAUCAAUUCUUGUGUAAAAACGCCACCAAAAUUAGCUGCCAAAGAACGUUUAGAAGUGGUAAUUUCAGUCCUUACUGGAUAUAUCGAUGGAUGUGAAAGAUUAUUUAACUCAAAAGAUGGUGGAAAUGAUUCAUUUCACGGUCAACGAUUAAAGAAUAUGUUUCGUGCCAACGUGACUUGUGAUGAUGAAAUGGAACUUCACAGAAAGCGAAUUUCAUUUGGAGUAUAUUGCCUAAUCGAGGAAUUCAAGCUAGUCAAGCGAUAUAUCAAACUACUUCCGUCGAUAUUUCUUAAAUUUGCAUUUCUAGAAUCACAAUCAUUUUCAGUAAUAGCCAAAAGCCUCAAAGACUUUAUCGAUAAAGAGAGCGAUAAAUUAAAUUAAAUUAAAUUUUUUUCAAUGUCAAUGUCAAACGUUUAAUUAUACACUCAAAUUCUUUUAUGAUCACAAUAUUGAAUUUCACACUGGAUAUACUCACAUCUCUCUUAAAGCAACAUGUGAAAAAUUUCAUGAUUCUCAUCUAUUUUUUUUUUGUUUGCUUUAAUUCUGUAUUAUCAUCUUCAAAAAACAACACACACGUCUAUACGCGUAAAUUGUUAAAAUCGAUAUGUUAAAUAAUACUUUUAAAAAAAUCGGAAAUAAAGAAGCUUUGGCUGAUUUCUUGUUUUCUGUGUGCUCAUGCAGCUCUUUUUGGAUAUAAACAAGUUCUUUUUUACUCUUCUUGAGGGUGUUUAAACACACUAUUUUUUUAUGUAUAAUAAUUAUUUUGAUUAUGCACUGUUCUUACUCGGUGGCUGUAGACUUACUGUUUUGCGAUGUAUGCCUAAACAGAAAUGUUAACUCAGUUUUAUUUUUCAUAUAUUUUAAAACUAAUAGUGUGUUGGAGCUUCACGUGAAUGAAAAUUGUAAAACAUUUUGAAUUUAUCGAGUGCUGGUCAUUAAAGCGAUAAAAGAUAUUUAACUAGUGCAAGUUAUGGUGAAUAAUAUUUGGCAGUUGAGAAAAAAUUUGAACUUAAACUGUCAAAAUUAAUUUAAAAAAAAAUAUUUUAAGCUGUUCAAAGAAUUCAAAUUUCAAAA